CGAGAGAGACCCGAGACAGAGGCACGAGUCAGUGUAGGCGCGCUCGUUCUUGUAAUGCUUCAUGUACAUCCGCUGAUGUUUUUCUAAACGCGUAGUUGAAAACAGUUUUCUUCCCCUCUGUGUGUUUGACGUUCACACACGUAUUUCUCACAGGCAGUUUUCACGGUGUUUUCUCAGAAUAACAGAUAUUCUCACUACGGAAGUAACUCCUUCCACGUGUCUACAUCAUCUCGUCAGGGGCGGUGCUUUACUGUUGAAAAUUAUCAGUAUUGAUUAACACAUGGUGAGCUACAGUGUGUAUCUUGCAGGACCAUAUAGUUGUAUGGCUGAUCAAUGGUUGUAUCGUGCUAAAACGUGGAGAACAGGUUGAAGAAUGGAGUUGGCCAACCAUGGUCUUAUCCUGCUGCAGCAGCUCAACGCUCAGAGGGAGUUUGGCUUCCUGUGCGACUGCACCGUGGCUAUAGGAGACGUCUUCUUCAAAGCCCACAAAGCUGUCCUCGCUGCCUUCUCCAACUACUUCAGGAUGCUCUUCAUCCACCAGGACAGUGACUGUGUGCGCCUGAAGGCUGCAGAUAUUCAGCCAGACAUCUUCAGCUAUCUCCUUAAUCUCAUGUAUACCGGCAAGCUUGCCCCUCAGUUGAUAGACCCAGCACGGCUGGAGCAGGGGGUCCGAUUCCUGCAUGCAUAUCCACUCCUGCAGGAGGCCAGCCAGUCGGUGUACUCCCACCCUGAACAGAACAUCAACCUCUCCACCUCACUCUACGGCAUCCAGAUCUCUGACCAACAGGUGGCACUGUCAGCUCGACUACCUGCUCUUCGGCAGCUCUCCUCGCCUUUCGAUGUGGAGCAGCUCGGCUCAGAGGGGAAGUGUCCGUCCACACCAGCUGCCUCUGCCUCAUACUGUAACUCCUUACUGUCCAAACUAGCUUCCUUGCCUUUAGACAUGGAGGCCUCAACCAGCGGGACGAAGCCAACAGCUGAGGAAGGGGGACUAGACUCGCUAAUUGCAGAUGGCUCCUCAGCAAGUGCCUCCAUCCUCCAUGUGAAGCCAAGCAUCAUGAAAAGGAGUUCAUCUUUCAGGAAGCAUUACUCCUGUCAUCUGUGCAGGAGCAGGUUCACACAGAGGAGCAUGCUUAGGGAGCAUCUCCUCCAGCACACGCAUGACUUGCAGCAAGCUGCAGCCGAGCCCAGCAGCGUCCUCUCUCCUGUCAUGACUGCAGAACAAAGCAUGAUGGAGCUAGAGGGGGUCCUUAAGGGCAGCAAGGGAGUUUCCGGUGCCUCUGCUUCUAAUACAGCAGUAGAGAUAAUCAGCGACAGCGAACAGACGCCUGUUUCAGGAACUAACUCAGACUCUCCUCGGGCUGAAGUGUCCACAUCAAGCUGGGGGAUGGGAGGCUUAAACUCUCAGGCUGACACGCCUCCUCCGUCAGACAUCGCUGAUAUAGACAACCUGGAGAGUGUAGACUUGGACAGGGAAGUGAAGCGGCGGAAGUACGAGUGCUCCACAUGUGGGCGCAAGUUUAUUCAGAAGAGCCACUGGAGAGAACAUAUGUACAUCCACACAGGGAAGCCCUUUAAAUGCAGUGCCUGUGGGAAGAGCUUCUGCCGAGCCAACCAGGCGGCGCGCCAUGUGUGCCUAAACCAGGGCUCUGACACCUACACCAUGGUGGACCGGCAGAGCAUGGAGCUGUGCGCAGCAGGCGACGACAACAGCCAGAUGGAGGCCAUGUUCUUGGGUUCCUCAAAGCCGUACAAGUGUAACGUUUGUGCGACCACAUUCUCCAGUCCCAAUGAAGUGAUCAAACAUUUGUGCUUCACACAGGGGGGUUUAGUGGGGCUACAGGGAAACAACUCUGGCGCAGGGAUGCUGCUCCAGCGUGAAGAGUUCUCCAAAGAGGAAGGCUCUGAUUUUUCCAACACUGGCACCACUCUAGAGCCCAUAAAGACAGAGGAAAUUCUCGUUGAGUAGUGCCAAAACUGUGUAUGCGUCCUUUUUAACAUGUGUGUUUAUUCUCUAAAUUAUGGUAAAUAAGUAAGCUAAAGGUGAAGUUAGUCAGGGUAUGUAUGUUGGAGGUUUUCAAUCUACUAAAAUUGAUUUGUUUUUUAAAAGUUUUUCUUUAUUUUUUGGGAACAGUAUUUUGGAUUUUUGUGUCCCCAAGUACAAAAAGUGUAUUAAAAAGCAUAUUAAAUAUCUUAAAGCUCCCUAGAAUGCAAUCGAACAUUUUUAAACAGCAGUUACAUGUUAAUGUUGGUUUAAGACUGACUAAGGCGGUUCCUUUUCUUUUGAGAGCGACUGUUGAGGUGAAACUGACUUUCAGAAUCAGAGGAAGAGGAAGUAGAGACACUUCCGGAAGAGACAACGUGUUGUGAGACAUGAGUUAGCCGUGCAGCUUUUAAUGCAGAGAAAGAGUUUCUAACUGCUAACAAUCUCUUUGAAGCCGCACAGAACAGAACAGUUGUUUCUUCUAAAUUAUAAACGAGAGGCUGACUCUGCAGAUCAGGUAGAGAUCAUAAUCCAACUAAAAGCACACAAAAUAUCCAAACCUGAGACGAUCUCCUUUUUUUGAGUAGAUACUCAUUAUGCAGGAACUUAAAAUUUGUCUUCCAUUAAGUGAAUCCCUCUCAGCAACUGUUCAGUUUUUAAUCCUCUGUUUUGUGUCCUUCUGGUUCUGAUGUUGUCAUUACAACAUAUUAAAGUACAAUGUGGUCAUUGUUUUAACAUUUCUCAUUGAUGAAGCAACAUGAUCCACUUAGACACACGCAUCUUAAUGCAAAUCUGUCUUAAUGUGAGUCUAUUGUAUCUCAAUCUAAAGCCCUUUUUGUUUUGUUUGUGAAACUUUUCUUAUUUUAUAUACAAUGCAAUAUUUACAAAAAUAACUUUUAUAACAAAGGGUCGUGUUUGUUGAUAGAAACAUAGCUUCCAAAAAUAAUACAUUUUCACUGCAUCGGCAUCACAUAUUUGUCUUGAAUGUUUUUAGUAGCUCAAUUAGGUCAUUCUUAAAAUACAACAGUUUUGAGUUACCCUCUUACUGCUAAUGUUAAUCACACUGCAAAAGGGAAACAUUUUCUCUUCAAUGUUAAAACCUUUAGACAUGUAUAUUUGAUGACUAACUUUGUCCAAUUCAGAAAAAGAAUGAUCAGUUCUAACAGACUAACACGAUGAAGCUUAGAAAGAUGCAGAUGUAGAGUGAAAACGCUCCACCUGUCAGUGUUGUGAGUUCAUAUGAACAGGCAGGGAUGACACAGGGAGAGCAAGCUUUAAUAAGAAGCUAUGUUCAAGGAGUUUAACAUAACGGCUUCAUCUCUUCUCUGACUGUCUGGAUACAUACAGUGUGUUUUACGGGGAAAUAAAAGAAGCUAUUUAUUAUAUGUUAAAACGACAAAUUGUUUGGAUUAGCAGGAGCACUGUGUAUGUACCACUGAUGACUGAAUAUCUUUACAUACAGGUCCAAUCAGUGAAGCGUUGUAUAACUUGUCAUGAUGAAACAUGUCAAAUUUAACAGAAGCACAAGUAGCAUAAUGCCGGGUUCUCUCAUUUCUGGACAGCCUGCAGACAUGAGGUGUUUUGUUUUUUUACAUAUUUGAGUUCUAACAUGACGUCAUAUUAGAGAGGCUUGUGACACUGCUUUAUCAUGUCAUGGUAUUGCUACAACAGGCUUUUUUGUUGAACUGUUUGGAGAUUGAAAGUCUUCAUCUAUCAGACAUGUAAAUUUGCGAAAACCAAAAGUUAUUUGUUUUAAUCAGAAAUGAGUCUUCCAAAUCUCUAUGAUACAAACGGACAACAAUUCCAGUAUGUUAUCAUUUUCUUAACAAAGCAGAGAUUUCUGGUCGCCCCAGAAACCACUUUCUAAAAUGUAUUUUACAUUAUUUUAACAUUAUUUUAAAGCCAAGUUAACUAACUUAACAUCUUAUUAAUGUGAAUAUUAGAAAAUUAUUGUAAAUGUCUCUUUUUUUUGUUUUACCAACUCUCCUCCAUCUCCAGUAUGUUAGUAAUUAUGAAAAGAAUGCCCAUCCUUGGUAUAUUUAAUCUGCAUUUUUAUUUUCUCUCCACUUAUGAGCCAAUUUUCACCCAGCCUUGACUGUGAGUGUGAGGUUUAGUUUUAAUAAGGUUUAAGUGGGAUCUUUGUUCUUUGAUCUGUCUAGAUUAAGUCUUGAAAAGCAGUCCCUGCAAUGAGCCCGGUGUUUGACUAGAUGGAGCUGUUAUACUCAGGUUGAGUGAAGGGGAAAGCUAUCAAAUAGGAAGUUGUUUUUUUCUGCCAAUGAUGUGAUCUCUGUCCUUAACCAAUAGUCUGACAUUUGAGUUUCAUAAAAACACAAACAUCUGUGAAUUAGUCUGACUAUAGUGUAUAGACAGGGAAGGACUUUUGCUUGAGUCUUGAUGUUUGUUUUGCCGAGGGAGUUAACAUGCUGUACUACUGACAUUCACAUCUCAAAGCUACACAGAAAAUAUGCACAGAUUUAAAAAAAAAAAGAAAAAAAAAAAGGCCUGAUCUACUUUCUCAGCUAAUGUUUAAUCCCUCUUCUUCCACACUAGUCUCGUAAUUUGGAAGUUGUGUCUAUGUGUUUUAAAACAAUCAGCCCCCCUUGUCUUUCCUGUCCUCUUCUUAUUGAAACAACUUCAAUUCCAGCUCAUAAAACUACACUUAAAUGUCUCUUUGAAGCCUACUGUGAUAAAUCUUGUUCUCAGGAAUGUGAGUAAUUUUCUGUAUGAUCAACUUUUUCUUUUUUUUCAGUGAAGAAUAAACAAUAAAAAAUGUAAUUUCAUAA